GCUCGUCGCCCAAUGACAGGUUACAAUGUGGAAAGCUGCGUUGACCUCCCCCGAAAUUCACCUCUAAUGAGAAGCCAUGUUUCGCUCAUUAAGAAGGGUUCCGCAGUUUAACUGCAGCCUGCUGACUCUGCAGAGACUUCACACCAGCUCAAAGCUGCUGAUCUGCACGUCCAGGAUGGCCGCCUCAGAGUUCAGGCUGGAGCGGGACACGUUCGGCGAGCUCAAGGUCCCCGCUGACAAGUACUACGGCGCCCAGACCGUCAGAUCCACCAUGAACUUCAAGAUCGGGGGACCCAGCGAGAGGAUGCCGAUCCAAGUGAUCAAGGCCUUUGGGAUACUGAAGAGAGCCGCCGCCGAGGUGAACAAGGAGUACGGCCUGGACCCUAAGCUGGCGGAGGCCAUCAUAAAGGCUGCGGACGAGGUGUCGGCAGGUAAACUGGACGAUCAUUUCCCUCUGGUGGUGUGGCAGACCGGAUCGGGCACUCAGACUAACAUGAACGUGAACGAGGUGAUCAGCAACCGGGCUAUCGAGAUCCUGGGGGGGAAGCUGGGCUCCAAGGACCCGGUCCACCCGAACGACCACGUCAACAAGAGCCAGAGCUCCAACGACACCUUCCCCACCGCCAUGCACAUCGCCGUGGCCACGGAGGUGCACCACGUCCUGCUGCCCGGCCUGCAGACCCUGCACGACGCGCUGGCCGCCAAGGCCGAGGAGUUCCGCGACAUCAUCAAGAUCGGACGCACGCACACGCAGGACGCCGUGCCGCUGUCGCUGGGCCAGGAGUUCAGCGGCUACGUCCAGCAGGUGAAGUACAGCAUGGAGAGGGUGAGGGCCGCCAUGCCCAGGGUGUACGAGCUGGCGGCGGGCGGCACGGCGGUGGGGACGGGCCUCAACACCCGCGUCGGCUUCGCGGAGAAGGUCGCCGCCGCGGUGGCCUCCCUCACGGGCCUCCCGUUCAUCACGGCGCCCAACAAGUUCGAGGCGCUGGCCGCUCACGACGCGCUGGUGGAGCUGAGCGGCGCCCUGAACACGGUGGCCGUCAGCAUGAUGAAGAUCGCCAACGACAUCCGCUUCCUGGGCUCGGGCCCGCGCUCGGGCCUCGGGGAGCUCGUGCUGCCGGAGAACGAGCCCGGCAGCAGCAUCAUGCCGGGCAAGGUGAACCCCACCCAGUGCGAGGCCAUGACCAUGGUGGCGGCGCAGGUGAUGGGGAACCACGUGGCCGUGACGGUGGGCGGCAGCAACGGCCACUUCGAGCUCAACGUCUUCAAGCCCAUGAUGGUGAAGAACGUGCUGAACUCCGCGCGCCUGCUGGGCGACGCGUCCGUCUCCUUCACGCGCAACUGCGUGGCGGGCAUCCAGCCCAACACGGAGAGGAUCAACAAGCUCAUGAGCGAGUCCCUCAUGCUGGUGACGGCGCUCAACCCGCACAUCGGCUACGACAAAGCCGCCACCAUCGCCAAGACGGCUCACAAGAAGGGCUCCACGCUGAAGGCCGUGGCCGUGGAGCUGGGCUACCUGACCGAGGAGCAGUUCGACCAGUGGGUGAAGCCAAGCGAAAUGCUCGGGCCCAAGUGAUCCGUAACACUACAAAAAACUGUUUUCUAAAUCCUGACAUAAAAAGCUGCAAGGUUUCGCCAUUAUGUGUGUUUUUGCAUACUUUGAGUCUUAAACUCUCUGUAUUGUUGGUGACGCAUCCCACGAAGUGCAGUAAAGCCGUUAAUUUACACAAAGUUGUAUUUCUGCACAUUUUGUUUUUUUCCUGUUAAAUAUGAACAGUUUACAUCAUAUGCAGGAUGUGCCAUAUUUGCAGUGUCCCGAAUGAUUAAAAACAGAACAUACCCUGA